AUGAUCCUGAGGUACCGGGUGCUGGCGCUGAGGAACCACCCGCUCAAGUGCAAGGAGCCCUGGGCGCCCGAGCGCUUCCGGCAGCUCGCCGAGGCCUACGACGUGCUGAGCGACCCGCGCAGAAAGGGCGUCUAUGACAAGUUCGGCGAGGAGGGCCUCAAGGGCGGCGUCCCGCUGGAGUUCGGCACCGAGAACACCUGGAGCGAGGGCUACGUCUUCCACAACAACCCCUACAAGGUCUUCAAGGACUUCUUCGGGGGCGACAACCCCUUCGCGGAGUUCUUCGCCGAGGAUGGCUCGGAGCCCAACGUGGCCUUCGGGGGGCUGCGCGGUCGGGGCGCCAGGAAGCAGGACCCCCCCAUCGAGCGCGAGCUCUACCUGGCGCUCGAGGACCUCUUCUACGGCUGCACCAAGAAGAUCAAGAUCUCCCGGCGGGACGGGCAGAGCACCUCGAUCCGGGACAAAAUCCUGAGCAUCGACGUGCAGCCGGGCUGGAAGCAGGGCACCCGCAUCACCUUCGAAAAGGAGGGGGACCAGGUACGGCCAGGGAUG